AUGGGCUAUCGACGGGCUAAGCCAGCAGCAGAAGAAGAAACAGAAUAUGAAGCUCACGCGCCCGCGGCCUUGGGAAAUGGCGAAAACCUUUUUGUCACUUCUUCUCUUUUUGGAAAUGAAGAUUCUCAGUACAGCGCGGAAGCUUUCUCAGACGAAGACAGCAGCAGCAGCAGCAGAAACUUCACAGACUCUUCCUCCAGGGGCUGGGCCGCCCUCAAGAGAAGUGCACUUUCCCGCAGUGCAUGCAGCCACGCCGGCUUUGAAGCAGCUUCUCCGGCGCGGGCCAAAGAAGAAAGCAAGAAGCAGCAGCAGCAAAGAGAAGUGGAAAAAAAAGAAGCUCGAAGAUUUGCACUGAGACAAAGAUGGGCAGACUUGCAAAGACUCGCCAGAAGCACUCACUUCGGGCCUCGUUUCCACCACCCCAGCAGAGAAGAACAUGCAAAAGCUCACCGCUUCAGCGCGAGGGGUUUUUCUUUCAGCAGAUUUGAUGUGGUGUACGUACGCCCCCCCCAGGAGCUGCAAGGCCGACACCGCGAAGCUGUCGAAGAGUAUUUAAAACAACUUCCGCGCAUGCACAAGUUGUUGGCAGAGCCGCACAAGUUGGCCCUCGCUGCCAAGUAUGGACUCGUAAAAGUCACCGAAAACCCCGAUCUGGACUCCCCCCCCGAGAUCGAGCGGCAGGCAGACCCCUGGCAGCAAGCAGCAGCAGCAGACCACUGGUCCGAGCUGCAUGCAGCAUUUGGAUACACCCCGUGGGACCUGCUGGCCUCCAGAGGAAGCUGCAACUUUAUUCCCAAGGACUUGGCGGAAAAACUCGAAAACAAACAAAAAAGAGAAGCUGCCGAGGCCUUCCAAAGUCCGCAAACUCCGAAACAUAGAGAUGCAGCAGCAGCUUCCUCAAGACCUUCCUCGCCCUUCAAAACCAACAGAAAAGCAGCAGCAGCAGCAGCGCCCACAGACGCUGCUGCUACCCCCAAGAGGGCCGCAGCGGAGGCGCGAGCCAAGUCCAGCAGCAGCAGCAGCAGCAGCAGCAGCAGCAGCAGCAGCAGCAGCAUAGUUGUAGGGGAAGCAAAGACUCCAAUAAGGACAUUGAAUAGAGGCUCGAAUUCUUCUUUUCGGGAAGCAGCCAGCAGCUGCAGCAGCCCCACAAGAACGCCUCUUUCUAGCUGCAGACUGCAGCAGCAAAGUUCGCAAAAGUUUUCAGAAAAUAAAUCAAGUGACGAGAAAGAGUGGGAGCAGCAGCGAGUUGCGGGGGCGCGAGCUGUCGAUACACCCCAAGUGCAGGCGUCUCGCGCGCCUCAUCAGAGCGCCGAGCAAAUCACUUUUUUAAAUUUGCAAAAAAGUAAAAACGGCGAGAAGCAAAAAGAAACCAAAGACAAUGAGCAGCAGUCUCAGGAGAAAGAAGCACCCCCGCUUGCUGCUGCUGCAGCUCCUGCUGCUGCAGCAGCAACUGCUGCUGCAGCAGCAACUGCUGCUGCAGCAGCAACUGCUGCUGCAGCAGCAACUGCUGCUGAACCAGUAGCUGCUGCUGGCCGAGACCCUGCUUCUGCGCCAGCUACCGCUGCUGCAGCGGCUGCUGCUGCAACGCCAACCGCUGUGGCUGCUGCUGCUGCUGCUGCUCCGUCAGUCCUUUCCACCCCACCAGUUGCUGCUGCAGGUGCUGCUGCAGUUGCUGCUGUUCAGCCACUUGCUGCUCCAGCAGUUCCUGCCUGGGUGUCUGAUGCAGCAGCUUCCGAUUCGGUAUCUCCUGCUGCACUGUCAUCAGCUGCUGCAGCCACACCUGCUGCUGCUGCAGAUGCUGCAGCAGCAGCAGCAGAUGCUGCAGCAGCAGCAGCUGCUGCUGCUGCUGCCGCUCCUCUAAAACAGUCAACUGUCUCGGGAAAUGAAGUUGCUUCUGAAGAAAAGAUUUCCACAGCAGCUCAAAGCUCCACAGACACCUCAGCAGUAUCAACCCCUGAGUCCUCAGUGGAUGCAAAACUACAGCAGCAGCAGCAGCAACGGGAGCAGCAGCAGCAGCGGCAGCAGGAUCCGAAGCGCGUUUCGAGCAGCCGCAAUUACAAUGCUGGGGGCCCUCGGCAAAUGAAGCUGACGGAUCUUUUUCGAUUUACUUUCAACAAAAUAAAAAACAAAAAGAAUAUUUCAAUGCCUCCUUUGAUUUACAAGUUUGCUGCUGAUGCUGCAGCAGCAGAAGACGAAGAGUCCGAAGAAGAAAUAAAACCGACAAAAAACAGAAAAAGAAAACUCAUUGAUGAUGACGCACCAGCAGCAGCAGAGCUGCCGGAAGUGCAGCUGCCUCCCGCUGCUGCUGCUGCAGCCAGCGAAGCAGCUGACGCAGCAGCAGCAGCAGCAACAGAAGCUCCUACUGGGCCCGAAGCCACUCCGGAGGAAGCCCCAGCUGCUGCUGCUGCUUCUGAAUCUGCUUCUGAAGCAGCUCGGCUGGAGGAGAAAAGGCGGCGGAAGGAACUUCGCAAAAAGCAGAAAGCAGAAGAAUUGAAAAGACAAAGAAGAUUAGAAAGGAAAAAGCACAUGCGGGAAGUCGUGCGUCGGAUGAUGGAGUACGAGGCGGAGGAAAACGACGAAGAACUCAAAGAAGAUGAAGAGUACGCAGCAGCUCUGCAGGAGUUGAAGACGCGGCUGGCGAGAGAAGAAGAAGAAGAUGAUGAAGAAGAUGAAGACAGGCAAGUCUUUUCGAAGGACACACGCGGACUUGCAAAUCUUGCAAACGAGGCGGAGUUUCUUGAAGACCUGAUUGCGGCACCUGAAGAUGUGGACUUCGACGAGCGAAAUGAAGACCGCCCAGCGAUGAAAAUGAAACUGCAAAAAGAUUCGGGAGAGAGAGAAGAAGAAGUUUACCAGAGGUUCAUUGGAAGAUAUCACCGAGGCGGAGACAAAGAAGGCCAAGAACUGACAGAACAGGAAAUGCUGGAGCUUGAGCUCGAGGAGCGGCGCCGGCAAAUUGCAAAAAGAAGAAAAUUGUUCGGCGAGGGCGAGUUUGCGGGAAUGGACGUAGAUGACUGGCUUUCUGAAAGCGACGAGUCGGACUCGAAUUCUGACACUGAAAAAGAGGAAGAAGUUUCGGAAACUCCUGCAGAGGAAAUUGUCCGGUGGUCGACAAUAGCAUUAACAGAAGAAACGAAAGAUAUUACGGGAGAAUUCGCCGCAGCAGCCAGCCGAAACCCUGCAGAUCUUGUUGCAAGAUGCAUGGAGAAUGCAUCUCGCCGCCAAAAGAUACAAGUUUUGCGUCCGUUGCCUGUAAAGGAAUUCAAGAAAUUGGAUGCAACUUGUGCAAACAUUAGAAGUGAAGCUCAUCAUAGUGGCGGGAAGCACCUCGACAAGGAAGUUGUCGAAGUCGAAGGGCCGCAGGAGCAUGCGCAGGAGCAUUCAACGGAGGCGCAGAGCGAAAAGGCAAUUGAAGGCUUGGAAAGCGACGAAGACGAAAUGGAAAACUUGUACAAGAAAGCAUCUCUAGCUAAAGCCAAGCCCGCGGAUCUUCUCCGCAACAAACACAAUCAGAACUGCCCGCCUGCGCAGUGCAUUCGUUUCUCGCCGAGCUUCCGGCGCGACUUGGAGCUCUCCGGCAGCAGCAGUCGAAAUGUAGUUCCAGUCUUUGAGGGCUUUCGUUCUCGACCUGUUCCCAAGCCGAAGACAAUAAGCCCGCAAGAGUCGCACGGCGCCGCGGCUUCGCGGAAAGCCAGUUCUGGGUUCUCGGGGCUGCUGACGCGGUCCGUGAACCUCUCUGGCGAAAAGCAGCGGAAACCGAAGUCGAAAUGA